ACGCAAUGUCGGAAGCACUCACGCACGUCGAGUGGGUCACUGGCGCGCUCGGCGUCUUUGUCAUCUCCAACCGCGCGGGCUUCGCCGUCGUCUCGAAGCUCACGACGCCGCUGCCAGCGCACUUUAAAACUCCGAUUGCCGUCGGCGACAUUUUGAUUGCCCUAAACGAUACGCCGGUCACGCCCACGUUUGCGACGACGUUGCAGGCGCUGCGCACCAAGGCCUCGGGCACACUCCUGCGCCUGACGUUUCAGAGCCGGCGACACGAUAUUCCGCAAUGUGACGCCCUCGGCAACGAAUGCCACGAGCUGCUUUGGGCCGAGGAUGCGCCGCUCGGCCUCUCGUUUGUCAUGGAGCCGUGCUCGCUCCUCACGGUCGUCUCCAAGUCGAUCCACGAAGCGCCGCCCGACGUCGGUGACAUUCUCGUUGCGAUCGGUGACGUCGACACGUCAGGCAUGCGGUUUGAACACGUCAUGGCGACGCUGAGCAAGGUGGCGCGGCCCGUCACGCUACGCUUUGUGAGCAGUCUCAUGCCGGCGGCUUCGGCACCGCUGUCCGAUGACGAGGCAUCGUCACCAGUAACAACAUCGUCUUCGAUGACGUCAUUGACCAGCAAGCUGCCAGGGCUUCGGCGCGGACCUGGUCACGUCGUGUACUUUACAGGCGGCCGCCUCGGGCUGGCGUUUAAAAUCAAGGCAUACCCGACCGUGAGCCAGCUCCUCGAUACGACGCUUCACGAUGGACUUGAUGACGUGCUCAUUGGCGACCAGCUGGUGAGCAUCAACGGCGAGAGCACGCAGCGCUGGUCCAUGGAGCACGUGAUUGACCGCAUCCAGAGCCACGACAAUGCGACAACGGCGCCGCUGGAGCUUUUGUUUGUGACGCCCGCCGCCGCGCCCCCGGCGCCACCACGCCAACUGCCGAGCAACUGCUACGAGGUCGUGUACCAUGGCGGGAAGCUCGGUGUUGUACUCGUGGGCCGAAAAGGCGCGACCGAGAUUGAAGACGUGACCGAUCCGACGUCGGCGCCGGGCUUAGAAAAGGCACUGGCCGGCGACCGACUCGUUGCCAUUGACGGCCAGCGCACGAACGACAUGGCCUUUGACAAGACCAUCGAGCGCGUCAAACAAGCAGCGGCCAAGCCGGGGGGCGCCCGGCUGCUGUUCUUUCGACCGGAAAACGCGUUUGGCGAGGAAGUUCCGUUCGGUCUCUUUUUGCUCACGGCCAUUGAGGCACUGCUGAUUUAGAUAGAUCGUAGCACCUUGAGAUGUCUCGACUCGAU